AUGUCUCCCUCAGCGACAACGACGACGAAGACGCAUACCGGCGACGCUUCCCCCACCCAGACAACCCAACGUACAAGGCCUCGACAGAAGCCUGGCGCGGCUUCCGCUUUGGAGGGCACUCUCAUACAACAGGCCCAGCAAUCUGCCCGCACAACAUCUCCGGAUGAAGACCCAGCAUCAUGCUACGAUCCUUUUCUGUUCCACGGCGCGGAUUCGCUCAAGCUUUCCCAUCCGGGUAGCGAGCCCGAAAAUGUUUUCCUCCACGACAUGGCAACGGCCAACCCGAUCUCAAAUGGAUUGGAACCAUCACUUAACUUUCCGUGCCUCGGCGGCACCACCAUGUCCCCGACACCGCCAAUGGACACGAGCUUGAUGUCUCCUCCGCUCACUGCAUUCGGCGGCAUUGGUUUCGAUACAAUGCUCCCAAAUGGAAUGCAUCCAUCAGGAGAACCAAUUUCAUCUCUCAAUCUCAACAACAUGAGGAGGAUGUCUACUGCAUCGAGUUCUUGGAGUUCCCCAGAGGGAACGACAGAGUUUAGACUCUCACCUCUGAUGCAAGCUGACCUCGACCAGAUCUACUGGGAUAGGACCCACACAUAUGUGCCCAUCGUCCAUCAACGGCGCUACAUGGCGUGGAGCCGGAAGCCGGACAAAACCGAGGGCCAGAAGUGUCUUCAACUCGCCAUGUGGACCCUGGCAGCCUCAACAUCACCCGGCCAGUAUCAGACCAUGGCCAACUACCUAUACAGAUAUGCCUCACAAUCUCUCUUGAACCUCGAGCAAUGGGAUUCAGGGGAUGACUGGCACCAGAUGCAGCCCAGUGACUUUGCGCAAGUGCAGGCCCAGCUCCUGCUGGCUUCUUACGAAUUUAAAUCCGUCGACUUUAGACGAGGAUGGAUGAGAGCGGGGCGUGCUUUUAGACUUAUUCAGCUCAACUGGUUUUACGACAUGCUUUCAACGUCUUCGACUUUGUCCGAUUGGGUAGAGGCAGAAGAAAGGAGGCGAACGUUUUGGUUAGCAUUUUGCCUUGAUCGGACUAUCAGCUUACGAAAUGACGCUCCUUGUACAUUUAAUGAGCCGAUCUACGUGCCUUUGCCUGCGCCUGAUGCAGAGUUCCAAAAUGAGAUUCCCACGGCGACCGGAUACCUGAACGGUGACUCCCUAACCGUCGGUGCAACCGACUCGCUCUUUAUCGACAUCAUUCAUUUAGCUACGAUUUGCGGUAGGGCCGUGACGCAUCGUCACCAGUCCAUCAUUGACAAGUCACUUGGCGUCCACAACACGGCCGGUAUUUGGCAGCGCCAUCGACAGAUCAACUCGCUGCUGGCAGACAAUCUGGACUCGACCACAUCAAGGCACCAGCCACCCACACAAGAACCUGACCCUCUAGAUCCAUUCAUGGGUAUAAUGUGGCGGACAGUCAUUCUUCAUCUUCACUCGACCUUGAACUGCACAGUGUCGGCUGGAAAAGAUGAGUACGACUACAUGUUGAUGGAAAGUAUGCAGCGCGGGACCCUAGCUGCGCAGGAAGCGCUGAGCUGCAUAGAGCGGCUGUCGCAAUUUAACAGUCUCAAGCUUCAUCCUAUUACUGUUGUUCCUCUGGCUCUCUGCUCAGAGCUGAUGGAAGCGUGGCCAGACCUUGCAGGACCGUUCAACACUCACUUGGCAAAGAUUAUGGAUGCUACUCAUCGGGCAAACAGUGGGGACACUCCUUCAUAG